CUUAGCAGUGUAAAACUGGGCUCUCUGACACAAGCAGGCUUACGAAAAGCAGAAUAGUCUACUACACUACACUGUACACCAACAGAAGAGGUUACUUUGAAUUUGCAGAAGGAACAUUAUUUCAGUGUCUGCCUGUUUCUCUUUCUCUGUGGAUGACAGGUAGCAGCUGCCGUGCUUACAAUCAGCGGCGCGCCUACUUAGUCGGGACACUCAGUAUCUCUGAAACUUCCAUCGCUGCAGCACCGGGAUUCGCAAAUUAUUGUGUAAUUUAGAUUAAGGCUGGAGUCACUCUCUCUCUCUUACUCUGUGAGGACAGAGCUGUAAUUAACUCGCAUUGAAGGAAUCUGUGGGGUGAAUAGCUCCGUCUUGGAACGUCUCAUCUUGUUCAGAGAGUGUUGUGUUCUAAACGCAGGGAAAUGGACAGACUGAUCAAACUCAUCUGGAUCUUGGAGUUUAAAAAGUACUCUCAUGAGAUUUUAAAAUAUUUCAGUACUGCGUAAAUAACAUUCCAUUUACUCAACACACUGCAGGAGAUUUCUAGACAAUUUAUGUUGAUUUACAAAUUGUUAAACUGUGGGCUGAUUGUUUAUUGCCAUAAGAGUUGCUGGAUUUCUAGGGCAGAUUCUCUCUCUGAAAGUCUGGCAGGUCUCCUUCACCCUACCUGGCAGUCUGGCUGUGUGUGAAGGAGGUAGAAUCAUCUGGAGGAAACAACUCUACACUACUAACAGACGUUGUGUUUCAUACCCUUACUAAAAAAGCUCUGUAUCUGCCCUAACACCUAGGCUUUGAUAAGUCACUCUGAACACCUGAAGUUAAGACUAUGGGGACUCUGGGCAUCUUCCUCCACCAGCGGAACCUCUGGACGUGUGACAAUGGUCUUCAGCAGAUGCACAAAUGCAGCAGCCUGGUAGUCCUGAAGGCUAACACCUCUACUUUCUGACUGCUUCAUUACUGGACUGAAGGGAGAGCUGAUACACCUCUCUCCUCUACUCUGCCUCGCCUGAGCGGAAGACGGAGGAGUAUUGGCCAUAUUGAUCCCAUGCAGUUCUCACCUGGAAGUCAAGCGAAAAGUUAGACACACAGACGAGUCUGGAUAAGCCGGGCAAACGAAUGUCAAUGCUCAUUCUAAGAUGAAGUUAUGGAAGUGUGCCACCAUCGCCUUCACUCUUUGUGGUACAGCACUCUCCUUCUUCCUCACUAGAAUCAUGGUUCCCACCCCGCCGCAUCACUUCCUCUCCUGGGACUGGUCUUCACCGCGGACAUCAGACUCCGCCUCCGCCUCCAUCUCCUCCUCCAACUCUUCUUCCUCCCUGAUCGGACCUCAUCGCAAAGCGCGGUCGACAGAUGGCAUCAGCAACAUUUUGACAGAAUUCAUGCACAUGUUCCAGAGCUUUACAGAGGGGGAGCUGAAGAAGGUGAUCGGGACUCUGGUGGAGAAGAAGGCACAGCAGGAGGCCAGGCAGGAGGCUCGGCAGAGCAAAAGGACUAAACGAGCUAAGAAAGCAUCGAAGCCAUGUUCCCUGCGGGAGGUGGAAGUGACUGUCAGUGAGCUGGGUCUGGGCUACUACAGCGACGAAACGCUGCUCUUCAGGUACUGCAGCGGGAACUGUAAUGCUAGCCGCCGCAACUACGACCUCAUACUGGAAAAAUGGACGAGGAAAGGCAUCUCAAAGAGGGAGAGGAGCCCCUGUUGCCGGCCCAAGGAGUACGAUGACAUUUCCUUCUUGGACAACAGUAACAGAUACCAGACGCUCCACGAGUUUUCUGCUCUAGCGUGCGGUUGUGUAUAACACCUAGAUGGUGACCAUUUGGGCUUUCCAGAUACUGUAUCGAACAUGGGAAACGCAACAACUACUGCUACAAAAAAAAACAGGAGUACACAAGAAUAGAUCCCUACAGUAUGACGCCAGGGAAUGCGGACAUUUGAAACUACCAUCUAUUCUACCAUCUGUUCAUUAAUUUAGUUUGUUUAGCUUUCUUUGCCUUUCAUGGGAUAUUUCUCUGUUGGUUUAUACAUUGUAUGUCCUAGGAUUAUACAUUUGUCAUCAUGGGGCAAUCACAGUUAAAGUAACGAUUUGUUGCUUGAUUGUGGACUAUGUAGCAAUGCCUCCACUACCAAUACAGAAGACCAGCUAAGGUAUAACUAGUGCAUUGUACACUGCAAGUCUGUUCUUAUACUACACUUGUAAGAGGCCUGGUUUAUUUUUUCAGGAAUUAGUGUGUAGAAGUGUGUACAUGGAAAAUAGUAGAAUAAUAUAGGGAAUGCCAAGGACGACAUGUACAGUAUACAAAAGGAUGAAACCAACAUGAAGCUACCACAGUGUGCUUCUCCACAACUUCUUGAUCUGCACCAUUGAUAACGCAUGAGGUAUCACGAAGGCAAGUCCAAUGGAGCAGCAACAGCAGUACUAGGAAAGACUAGAGGCUUGAAGAAACAUGUAUAGCAGGCUUCACUUCAUAUUAUGUGUAUAGGCACUCCUUCAUAUCACAGGUAAUGAACUGAAUCAUGACAUUUCUAGCCUUCAUCAGGAACUUUGAAAAUCUACCUCAUUUAUGUUGAACAAUAAUGGACAACAUCCGAUGUAAAAACACACGAACAUGUUCUUCAACAGCUUCCUCUGUAUUCAUCACUAGGACCAGACUAAAAUGAGAUAUUUUAGUAAUAAAUAAUGGCCUAUAUUGGCAUAUGAAGCUGUAUUGUAAAACAAAAAAGAGCUAGCCCACAGCCUGUUCUAUGCAUGCUAAAUAGAGACGGUAUGGGUGAUUUAGGCUUAAUGACAACAGCUUGUUAAUCAAAUGGAAUGGCUAUAGCUGUAUAAAGAAGCCAGUUCCCAGAAAGAACAAUCCAGCAGAAAAACAAUGUGCUAUCAAAAAUCCCUAUCCUUCUACAGCAAGAUCACUAUGAGCUCCUGAAAUAUAACUUCAAUGGUAAUACAGCAAUGCAGUCUGGUUUGAUCAUCUAAAUGGGUGACUGCUGCAUUGUAAAUGUGACUGCGAGGGAUUGUGCUUUAGUUUUACCAUGAAUUAGCCUCUGCAAAUCCAUACCAUUUGUGCAAAACCCGCAAUAGACUACCUUAAUCCACUUACCUCCUUUAUAACUUACUUGGCCAAAAGCACUGAGAAAGAGAGAGAAAUACAAGCCACCAUGCAGCAUUACUAUUUUUUUGUCACUAGAACACUGGAGAUGUAAAGGAGUAGCCAUUGGUUUUAACCACACAUGUAAUAUACAGUGCCUUGCGAAAGUAUUCGGCCCCCUUGAACUUUGCGACCUUUUGCCACAUUUCAGG